AUCAGAUACAGCACGGAAACUAAUAGAAGUUACAACAUACUUUAAAGUCUCCAUAUUCUUUGCCAAUUCAAAAGAAUAUCUUAAGACUGUAAACUUUGGUUUUGAGAUUCCACGAGUGUAUUCACCUAUUACUAUCGCAUUCUAGGUUGAACUUACAUAUACAAUUUGCAAUUCAUGUGAAGACAAGAUAGAACUUUUCUGAGUGGUUUAUAAGAAAACAGGACUUUGUAAGAACGUAAGUUGUUUCAAUAUGUCUUUCUCUCUAUAUGACGGUUUAGAUUCAAAGACACUUGAUGAAAUUGCUGAGGAGAGUGCAAAGGCUAAAGAAAAGGAAAAAAGCUCUGAACAUCUCUAUGAAACAUCUCCUCCCUCAAAUUCAGUGGAAUCAAAAUCCUCUUCUUCUAAGACCACCCAAACUCUAUCAUCCUUACACUUUCUGCCUAUGGUGAGGCGGAAUAAACCAAAUAAGAAAAAAAAUGUCAACAGGCUAUUAAACAAAGCGGUCCCUUCAUCCCUUACAGUACUCGACAAUGUUCAUGAUAUUCCUUCAAAUGAUACUUCUUCUAUAAAUGAAGCUACUAGCUUCAAUAUUUCAAAUGAAUCUACAGAGAAGAAGCGACCAUCUUCCGGAUUAAAUCAUGAUACGUUGGUUUCUUCUUUUAAAGUCGAAAAAUUAUGGUCAGAGCUUUAUAACCCUCUCAAUCCUACAAGUUAUGAUAUUUACAAGAAAUCCGAAUAUGGAAAAGCUGUGGAACAUGAAUGGGAUUUAUAUGUUUCGCAGAAUCCUUCAUUGGCUACUGAAGCUCGAAAUGCAGGACUAGCUCAAUCCUCUCAAUUUGGAAUUGGUCCUCCUCCCGCCUUGCUAAAGGACACCACUAUAAACUCAAUUUAUUCCAAUGCUUCAGUCCCUAAAUCGGACCAAAUUCCUGACUCUUUGAUAGAGUCACCAAAAUAUAAACCGACGAAAAAUUAUGGCAAAAUCCUCCUGAAGAAAUUCGGUUGGAAUGAAGGACAAGGUUUGGGUCUUUCAAAUCAGGGAAUCAUUAAUCCGUUACAAACCAAACCAUCUAAUGGAUUCGACGGUGUAAAAGGUUUUAAGGAUGGUAACUAGAAAGGGGUUGAGUAAGAAAUAUACAGCGUUAUCCAACAGCUUACAAAGGGGAUUUAUAUCCUGACCUUUGUUGUAUGGUAAUAACUAUUAAAAUGCUUCACGAUAUUACAGUCAUUUUAGUGCUGAUUUUGUAUAUAAAUUCAUUCUCCAUUUCCUCAUUUCUUGAAUCUAAUUUGAUGUA